UGGGCCUGAAAAGUGCAAGAGAAGGAAGAUAUAAUUUAAAUCCUAGUGACAGGUGACCAAAUUACCUUUUGUGAUAAGGAUCAGCAUACUGCGGCAUCAUUUUGAUCCCCCAAUCCAUCAGAACAGUCUCGUUCAAUUUCCUGCAAGGGAAGCACACCAUGUGAAGCUAUCUAAGCGAACGAAAAAACUAUUAUGUUUAAGGGGUGACAACUCAUCAACCGCCCUCUUAAGCUAUUCAGAAGAAAUAUCAGUGCGCUGCAAACACCCUGACAAUAAAAUCUGGAAGGAUGAAUUGAGAGAUUUAGCAUAGAACUCCGCUGGAUAAUUCAUGACCUCCAUUACUGUGGUCUAUGAUCAUGGAUUCGGUGCCCAAAAAUACUACUUUCUUCGGCACUCACACAACCGUGUGGCCUACUCUGUCUCUCUCUCUCAUCCCCUUCCAAAACAAACCCUCACCCUUCCCUUCAUCCCCACCCUCUUUCAACCCUCCUUUAGGGCACUGUCACGCGCAACUUUACCACAUGGAAUUUUCAGCUCAUUUCGAAAUUGCAGUGCGUCAAAGAAGGAUAACACAACCGGAAUCGGGCAAAUCUGUCCCUUGGAAUCGGCUCCAAACAGCUUCAUAUGCAAGAAAACUUCAUAAUGAUCACCGAUUUACGAAGAAGCGAUGAAACUAUUGAUGUCAGUCGUACGACUCAAGAUGAACAUUAACAAUAACAGGCAGUUCGAUGAAAAAAAUCUUAAAUACGCCGGAUUCAACGAUUUCAGUUAUCGAUGGAAGCAUCAGCUUGGAAUAAUUACGAUUAGUCAAUCAGGCGGACCAUGAGUACCGAUAAUACCACAAACCUGCUCUCGAUGAGAGAGAACACCAUGGAACACUCCAAUGCCUCUAAAAUCGAUGUUCAUUCAAUAAGAGAUCUGUACUUUUAUGGAACCCUGCCACUAAUAUUCUUCUGCAUCAUCUCAAUAGUUGUUAAUAUUAAAAUAUUAGUAUGCGUCUACUGGAUCAGAAAACCACUAAGUCCCACUUUAAAGAUCAGUGUCAGUCUUGCGGGUGCUGACGCCUUUUCCAGUGCAGCUCUUGGGGGAGGACUCGUGGGGAAUAGCUUCAUUCCUAUAGGACUCGGCUUGGAAUUUCCAGGUGCAGCGUGCUUUCUAUUAGGCUUGGAGGUAAUUAGGAUCGGAGCCCUCAUUAUCACCCUCGGGCAUUUGUUCAUGCUUGCCAUCAACCAUUAUUUGGGAAUUCUUCGACCACUUCAUUACGCAUCGAUUAUGACUCAUAGAAUGAUAACUCUCCUCAUAAUUGUGCUGUGGACACUUCCCCUGUGCUUCUUCAUGACUUAUUUCAAUCUCAUGAAGAACGAAGGUUUUCAAUCACCAGGAUGUCAAGACAAUACAUUUCUCAGGAAAGAGAAAUUUCGAGUAAUGUUCAGCAGUCUGUUCUUUGGACCAUUUGUAAUCAUGGUCUGCAUCUACGCUCAUAUUUUUCAUAUUGUACGUGAACAUCAAGCGUUAAGAUUACGGUUCAGUCGAGGUGGUCUAUCGGUUCACAAAUCAGGGAGUGAUGAAAAGGAUCAACAUGUUUAUCACCGACUUGUGAAAAAUGUGAAAGCUAUUCACACGACUUUGUUCAUUCUCGGCAAUUUCGUGGUGGGGUGGAUGCCAGCAACGUUUCUCUUCGUCCUCGUCUGUGACGAUUGCCUCGUUAAAUCCAACUGGAUAACCGGAUAUUCGAAGUUCAUUAUAUUCAAUGCAGCGAAUUGUCUACUAAUCCUGAGAACUAUCGUCAAUCCUAUAAUUUACGCAGCCCGGAUGCAUGAGAUCCAGGCAGCUACGGAACGCAUGCACUCGUCAUUUCGCGGAUUAUUAGGAGUUAGGACUAUCCCAGGGGAGAGAAACUCUAUUGCACUUCAGAGUAGUGAGGCGGCAUUCAGUCGACGAGCAUCAGCCACAAGAUUUGGCGAUCAAAGCGGUUGUCAGGUGGCCAUUGACAAUAACAGGUAUGCACAAAACAAAUAUCUGUACACUUACGCUGGCCCUGACCGCCAAAGGGAUCAUACCACUGUUUAAAAUAUGUCAAAUCAAUUUCAUCAAUCGGAAGGACCAAAAUAACUCAAGCAGAAACAUUAAUAGUCUAUUCGUUAUUUGUGAUAAUGUUAUUUGUGUGAAAAACUUUGAAGGGAAGUACUACAAAUUAAUAAGACUUGACCGAGAAUAUUAUGUUAUUUAAUUGUCAGCACUUGAUGUCAGUGUGAAAAGGAAACUUGUCUGAAUUUUAUGUUAAUCCCUUUUUUGAAUCCUAAUUUCCUUGAAUGAACUCCUUUUUCACCCUUUGUUCCACAUUCACUACCUGAUUAUAUAUUUUAAUUGAAAGAGCUUGGUCUCACGUCCCCUGCUACGAAAGUAUGAUUCCUGAAUUGAAAUGAAUAUCUUCCAUUGGACUAUGACGUAUAAUUGAACCAAAUAUAUUUUUCCAAUGAAAGGUUCAUAAAUAAAUGACCAAGCCCUUGUAUAAAACUUGUGUACGAAUUUAUGUGUAUACAACUCGUGAUGUAAAAAGAAUA